GGCAAAGGCCAUGUUUGCAGGGAAAACACUUGCAACCACAAGCAAACUUGCCGCUCCCUGGGUCCCUUCCCAGUGGACCCUACACAUUGGGAGCCUUAUAAAGUAGCCUCUGCAUCUGCCUGCCUGGGGCAGAGGAGGGCUACCCUGGGGCUGCGAGUUCACCUGUCUCAGGAACCACCUGAGCCCACAGAUCCUGUGGCCAGCGGCCAGGGCAGCCAUGGCUUGGGCGUGUAGGCUGGGCCUGCUGCUGGCACUGCUGCUGCCCGUGGUCAGUGCCUCCACGCCAGGCACCGUGGUCCGACUCAACAAGGCAGCAUUGAGCUACGUGUCUGAAAUUGGGAAAGCCCCUCUACAGCGGGCCCUGCAGGUCACUGUCCCGCAUUUCCUGGACUGGAGUGGAGAGGUGCUUCAGCCGACCAGGAUCCGGAUUCUGAAUGUCCAUGUGCCCCGCCUCCACCUGAAAUUCAUUGCUGGUUUCGGAGUGCGCCUGCUGGCAGCAGCUAAUUUUACUUUCAAGGUGUUUCGCGCCACAGAGCCCCUGGAGCUGACGCUGCCUGUGGAACUGCUGGCUGACACCCGUGUGACCCAGAGCUCCAUCAGGACCCCUGUGGUCAGCAUCUCUACCUGCUCUUCAUUCUCAGGCCACGCCAACGAGUUUGAUGGUAGUAACAGCACCUCCCACGCACUGCUGGUCCUGCUGCAGAAGCACAUUAAAGCUGUCUUGAGUAACAAGCUGUGCCUGAGCAUCUCCAACCUGGUGCAGGGCGUCAAUGUCCACCUGGGCACUUUAAUUGGCCUCAACCCUGUGGGUCCUGAGUCCCAGAUCCGCUAUUCCAUGGUCAGUGUGCCCACUGUCACCAGUGACUACAUUUCCCUGGAAGUCAAUGCUGUUCUCUUCCUGCUGGGCAAGCCCAUCAUCCUGCCCACGGAUGCCACCCCUUUUGUGUUGCCAAGGCAUGUGGGCACUGAGGGCUCCAUGGCCACUGUGGGCCUCUCCCAGCACCUGUUUGACUCUGCGCUCCUGCUGCUGCAGAAGUCCGGCGCCCUCAAUCUGGACAUCACAGGGCAGCUGAGGUCGGAUGACAACCUGCUGAACACCUCUGCACUGGGCUGGCUCAUCCCGGAGGUGGCCCGCCAAUUCCCCGAGCCCAUGCCCGUGGUGCUCAAGGUGCGGCUGGGUACCACACCUGUGGCCGUGCUCCACACCAACAACGCCACCCUGCGGCUGCAGCCCUUCGUGGAGGUCCUGGCCGCAGCCUCCAACUCCGCUUUCCAGUCCCUCUUCUCCCUGGAUGUGGUAGUGAACUUGAGCCUCCAGCUCUCUGUGUCCAAGGUGAAGCUUCAGGGGACCACGUCUGUGCUGGGGGAUGUCCAGCUCACGGUGGCCUCCUCCAACGUGGGCUUCAUUGAUACAGAUCAGGUGCGCGCACUGAUGGGCACCGUUUUUGAGAAGCCCCUGCUGGACCAUCUCAAUGCUCUCUUGGCCAUGGGAAUUGCCCUCCCCGGCGUGGUCAACCUCCAAUAUGUAGCCCCUGAGAUCUUUGUCUAUGAGGGCUACGUGGUGAUAUCCAGUGAACUCUUCUACCAGAACUGAGGCAGGACCACUGGGAGGCCUGAAAGUGGGCCAGCUCACUGCUCAGGCGAACUUCUUAUCUCAAGUCACUGGGGAAACUGAGGCAAAACCAUACUUAGUUAUCACCAACAAGCUGGACUGCCCAGCUGGGCUGUUUUAUCUUCCCUGAGUGCCUGGGUCUCCCUCCCUCACUUCUGCCCUAUCCCUUCCUCCUCCUUUCCUCUACCCUCUUCCCUCACCUCCCCACUCCUUCCUCUGUCCAACCCCCAGGGGGAGCAGACUGCUCCUACAGGCUGUAUAGACCUGCCCUCUUGCAUUAAACAACUUCUCUUGAGCUGCAACUUUCA